CGUCCUUGAAGAUCCUUGAUCUCAACCGUUCUCAUUCCCUUACAGAAACCAUUGACUUCUCAUAUUGCCCAAAUCUAGAGAAAUUGGUUCUAGUAGACUGCACAAGCCUGAUUUAUGUCCAUGGAUCCAUUGGAGACCUAGAGAGACUUAUUUACUUGAAUAUGAAAGAUUGCAAAAAGAUUAGGAUGCUUCCCAAGAACAUUUGUAUGCUAAAAUCACUUGAAACAUUUAUUAUAUCUGGUUGCUCAAAUCUGAAAGAGUUCUCAAUUGAGAUGUUGAGGAACAUGGACUCGUUAAAAGUGCUUGAGACAGAUGGAAUUCCGAUAAGUGAAUUAUGGCUAGAAAGAAGUUCGAGUAUCUUGGGUUCUUUACCAUGCUCUUUAGUAGAAUUAAGUCUUUGGGAGUGCAAUCUUUCGGAUGAUGCCUUUCCUAUGGAUUUUAGUAAUUUGUUCUCAUUGAAGAGACUAAAUCUAGGGAAUAAUCCAAUUGGUAGCCUACCAAAUUGUGUCAAAGGAUUAGCAAGGCUCGAUGCACUCUCUUUUAGUAAGUGUACAAGUCUCAAAUCGCUUCUCGGGUUACCAAAACUAGGGUUCUUGGAUAUCAUAGAUUGCAUAUCAUUGGAGAAAAUAACAUAUCAAUUCUUUCAGUUAGAGUCGUCAAGCUUUCAAGUUCGCAACUACAACCUAGUUGAGUGGCAGUACAGGUAUAAGUUACAACCCAUUGGUGGAGUUGAUGUAGAAAUGAUCAACCUCUUGGGAUUGUGCAACUUGUUGGAAUCAAUGGCAACCAUUCGGAUGCACAAACCAUCUUAUAUUUCAGAAAAGGAUGAUUGGAGUCCCGUCCAGGGACUGUACGAAGAUGGUAAAUUCAGCACAUUUUUUGGUGGGAAUGAGGUUCCAGGCCAAUUCAGCCAUAAAAGUAGAGGGUCCUCAAUAUCUUUUACCAUGCCUUUGCUUGAUAAUCACAGAAUUAAAGGCUUGAUCGUCUGUGCUGUCUAUGUGAGUUAUGGCUCUGAUUUUCCUUACAAUCAUAUGACUGGUUUUCAACGUUAUCGUGGGCUUAUGGAUACGAUUAUUAGAGUCAGAAAUAAGAGCAAGGGUCUGAAGUGGUACUAUAUGCCAUCAUUCUUCGGCAUUCCAGGUGAAGGAGAAGACAUGAUAUGGUUAAGCCACUGGCAGUUUAAGGAUGAGCACUUGGAAGGUUGCGAUCAAGUGGUUGUUUCGGUACGUAUGGAACAUUGCUUUCAGGUAAAGGAGUUGGGGAUCCAGUUUGUGCAGGUUGAACAACAGAGUACCACCAUUUAUCCUGUUUAUCCAUGGGUCUUGAAUCACCCAGGAGAAUACUUGUUCAAUGAUGAAGAUACAAGAGAUAAUGAAGAAGAGCAACAGGAUGAUCGCUCAAUUGCAGCCCCAACAGGCAGUAAUAACUGCAGCAGCUGCCUCCAUGGCUGGAAGGUGCUCAUCACCGCAGCUUGCAAGCUCACGCUUUCUCUCUCACGCAGACAGAAGCAACAGUGAAAAAGCCGAGGCUGAAUUAUUUGUACAUCGCUCAACUCAACAGCUGGUUAAUUGCCCGACAGAGUGGCUUUCUCCCUUUAUCCAAUGGCCUAUACACUAUACUACGGAAGCUCGUUUCUGCUUCUUCAACCCAGACAAAUUAUUGAGGUCUGGAACCAUAGAAGGGUCAUAGGCUCCGGAGCCAUGAAAUUUACUAUCUUCUCGUGAACUAUACCUGCAUAAGCAUAUUUAUUAAUUUCCAAAACAAAUCAUAUCCACAUAGGGAAGCAAAGAAUUAACCUAUACUGAUACCUUAUCUGUUGAAAUAUAAGUGUUUUAGCUGACAUUAUUUUGUAUUUAGUUUAAACUAGCAAGGGUAUCUGCACGGUGCUGCGGGUUUUAAAAUUGUUUCAAAUGUGUAUA